GUUUACAACACUGUGAUGAAGGUGGUAUUCAUCACCGCCACGAUCUAUUUGAUUUACCUGAUGCGGGUGAAGCCGCCGAUUUCCCAGACUUACGAGAGGAGUACAGACAAGUUCCAGUAUGAGAUUUACCUCCUGGGGCCUUGCCUGCUCCUGGGCAUCCUGUGCACAGAAGAGUACACCAUCCCGGAGAUCCUGUGGACCACAUCGAUUUGGUUGGAGUCUGUGGCAAUCGUGCCGCAGCUGGUCCUGCUGCAGCAGAUGCGGGAGGUCUAG